AUGCACUUGGAGGAAUUGGACGAUCCACAAAAAUUCUCAGAUGAGGGUGUCAAGACUAUUACUUGGCAGGAGUACGUUUCUCGGCUACAUGAGCUUAAAGAUGAAAUUACUCAUUCCUGGCUAGCUGAAGAUCGGGUGACAUCCUUAAAGUUAUCAAUUAAGGUGAACAUCGAAGUUGCUAAGCUUCUGAUGGAUACAUCAGCAUUUGAGUUUUAUCCUACGCUUUUUGUUCUUGUCACAGAUAUCAUGGAUAUGCUUGGGAACCUGGUUUGGCUACGCAUAAAGCAGAAAGCUGAAUUUUAUGAAGAUGGAACUUUUCGCUGCAACUUAUCAGAAAGCUUUCAAGCAAGGGAUGUUUGUGCUGAUGCCAAAGAAACUUGCUAUAACUGGUUUAGCAAAAUUGGUGCUGUGCAAGAGCUUCUUCCGCGCAUUUACUUGGAGCUGGCAAUAUUGCCUUGCUGGUGUUUUUUGCUUGACCAACCUCCAGACAGCCUCCAACGCUUGGUAAUGAUGACAAGAGGAAUAGGAGAUCCAGUGGCAUCUGCAUAUUGCCGUCUUUAUAUGGCUCACUGUGCUCAGAAGCUGCCUGCGCAUGAUAUAGGCUAUCUUGUUACGUGUGUGAAUGACAUCAGAGUUAUUUUGACUCAAAUCUUGUCAGCCAAUGAAAGAACUCAUAAAAAUGUUAAACUCAACAAAGUAUUGCAAGUGUCUCUGAUGGAACCAACCAUUGAGUAUAUUAUGAAGUGUAUAUUUAAUAGGUUGACACAGAGACAAGUCAACGAAGUUCUAUCAGAGCUAGGUUUGAUGAAGAAUCAAGAGGAUUUGGGGAGUGUUUCUUGUGUUUCAAUCAUUCUUCAUCAUUUACUGAAGGAGCUCCCUAUUGAAGUAGUUAGUUCCAAUGUGGUGCAAAUCCUUCAUCUCAUCGAACUUUGCAAGGAUAAUUCCUUUGGUCAGCACAUGAAUUACAGACUGCUUGGAUUCAGGCUGUAUGAAAGAAAAUCCCCUGUUCAUAUUGUCAAUGCUGUGUUAGAUAAAGUUACUCAGGUUAUUGCUCUGUAUGAUAGCCUUGAUGAAUACCUGAAGGUUGUAGAUGCUUAUAUCGAUCUUAUUCUUCAGAAUCAGAUGGAUAAUCAUUUGAAUUCCAUCUUGGAAGGAAUUUCAAAUCGAGCUUGGAAUAAAGGAGUUACAGAGGAUGAAAUGCUGAGCUUGCAAUCUCUCAUGGUGAAGCUUCUGUCUCAUUUUGAGCGUCUGGAAGAUGUUUUUUCUUUGGUUCAGUUUCCUGAAAUCUUAGAUGUAAUGUAUGGCAAGUCACAGGAUGUAGUCUUUUUGCACAUCCUUAAUAUGACAACCAGGAAUGAUCACAUUAGUGAUCCAACGAGCAUACAGUUGCUUUUUGAAAUUUCUCAGACACUACAUGGUAAUAUAGAGUUUAUGAAUGUGAAAGAUGAUGAUGGCCAAGUGGCACGAUCAAUAUCUCGCUUUGUGCACAUGGUAGAUUAUGGAGCAGAGAUGGAACAACAUUUAGCAUUUUUAGUUGAUUGUCGAGGAGCUUUUGGUAAAUUAAAUGACCUUAAGGAAACUCUUGUUCACUCUAGCAAUUCUUUAGCAAUUCAAGCUUUGAAAUGUGCUAAGAAACAUCCGAGUUUCGUCAAAUCAUGUAUUACAUUUAGUGAAGUCACAAUUCCUUCUAUUUCUUCUCACAGGCAAUUUGAUCUUUUUCUAGAAACUGCAGAGGUUGCAUUCUUAGGGGGCUUGGUUUCUCAUUCAGAUGGAUUGAUUGAUUCAGCGAUCAGAUGUUUGCAUGCUUUAGACAUAAUUGAUGGCUUCCGAACUCCAUCUGAUGCUGAAGGACUAGUUUCAUCUAUUAGAAAGUUAUGUGGCUUCUUAAUUAUAGUUCCAGUUCCCGGUCUUGUAAAGGAUAUAAGUGUCAUUUGGUGGUCUGGUCAUAGCUCCACUGGAAGUAUAGGUUUAGGAUUAAAGCUUGCGUACAAUGACACGUUAUACUGUGGGGAUUCAUCUUACAACCAAGAACUUGUUUCUUUGUCUAAGCUCGUUCUUGAGAACCUGCUUUGUGCUGUUCAACAAGAGCCGUCCCAGGCUGCUCGAGGAAUUAUGGCACUUGAAGCUUGCAACUGCAUUGCAUCAUCUUUUAUGCUAAACAAUGAAUUAUCAUCUAUUUGCCUUACACUGAUCGAAACUGCCAAGUCAUGUUUGAGUGCCAAAGACAGAUACCUACAGUCAACCAUUCAACUUGUAAAUAAGCAAUCGCCAACUUUUGUGGGGACUACGGUGUCUACUUCUGUAUGA